CCUUAUUGUAGUUACUAGGUACCUCCUAUAUAAAGUGAAUGGAUGACAGUGGUUUUAAGAGCUCUCAAUACGACGGGGGUACGUAGAUGGGGAGGAGUGUCUCAAAUCCACAUCGUCGCCUCUAACUUCCCUCCUCAGAACGGGUCCCGGAUCGAUCAAUAUAUAGGGGAGACCCGACCCUUAAGAAUUCCGGUAUUUGUUGCCAGAAGACAUUGCGCUAGCCUCCCAACUGAUUGCGCAACCCCCCAGGUUACUUAAACGUAGCUAAUUCCAUCCCUCAGAUGCAUCCGUAUCGAGUUGCGAGGGCUUCGGCCCUUCGAUCAGCCUCGCGGGCCGCACGAAGACUCGCCGUGGUCCAGCAACGCACAUUCCUUCCACCGUCCUUCGACAGCCGGGCCAUAUUCGACGAGAAGUUCCCAGAUAGGAAAGUCCCAACCGAUGCCGAAGAUCCAGAAAUGAACGGCGGCUACAUCAACCCUCCGUACAUAAAACGGCAAUUUCGCGAUCCGUAUGGGGACUGGUGGGACAAGCAAGACCGACGAAACUACGGCGAGCCUGUCCACGAGGAUCAUGAUUGCCUCGGCAUGUUCUCCGCGCACGAGUAUACCUGGGUCUCUCCCGGCAAGGGCUUGCUCCAAAUUGGAGCAUUUGUCGCGACUUUCUUGGGGGUAUGCUGGGUGGUUGGAAGAUUGUAUCUAGACAUACCAUCAUAUCCUCGAGAAUUCGAGGGCGGUUUAGAGCGCGAAUUGGGCGGCUCUAGCGCUGUACGGGCUAGGGCACCCGGCGAUCCAGAGCCAUAGCAGUCCAAAGACGCCGAGGAGGAAUAACGAGAUAGGACCCCGUACAUAGGCUGAGACGGCGCUUAGCUCCAGACGUAAUCUAAAAAAUAAAAAUAAAAAUAAAAAGAGACAGCAUCCCAAAUUCUACAAGGCGAAGGGCCA